UGGGAAGUUCAUCUUUUCAACGCUUCGGCCCAUUCUCUGGAGGCACUGAUUCGAGUCAGUCUUCGGUGUUCCGAGUCUUUUCUACGGAAGUCAUCAAAGAAGGCUAUUUUCGGACCCGGCCGCCUUGGUGCCACCAUAUUAUAAAGCCUCCCAGAAAACAUACUUCCUUCUCAUGGUCCAUUCCUCGUCGUGACAAUGAAGCCCGAGCGCGUUGAAGACAGUACUGACGAGAUGCCUCGAUUUACCAAGGACUUUGGCUUCUUGCCUAUUCCUCAUCGUCUGCGAUAUGACCCGGAAAAGCCUUUCCACUUUGGGCUUUUGCUCAAUAUUUCCUUUGGCUUUGCCAGCACAUUUGUGGUUGCGAACUUGUAUUACUGCCAACCAUUGCUAAUCGAGAUGUCGAAAUCUUUCAAUGUUACUUACGACAAAGUCUCAACAAUUCCAACUUUGGUACAAGCAGGUUAUGCGACUGGCCUUCUUCUGCUUUCACCUCUUGGUGACCUCGUCCGGAGGCGCGGACUAAUCCUGAUCCUCGUAACACUGUCCGCCUCUCUCACCAUCCCUCUCGCUAUUACCAAUAGCCUCGUCGUUUUUGAAGUUUUCUCUUUCUUUGUUGGCGUUGUCACAGUUACUCCUCAAAUCCUCCUUCCUCUCGCCGCUGAUUUAGCGCCGCUCGAGCGUCGCGCGUCUGCUCUCUCGGUCGUUAUGUCUGGGCUCCUUCUGGGAGUCCUCAUCGCAAGAGUUCUAUCCGGUGUAAUAGCUCAAUUCACAAGCUGGAGAGUCGUCUAUUACAUGUCAAUAGGUGUCCAAUUCUUUGUUCUCGGAGGGAGCUAUCUUGUCCUCCCUGACUAUCCGGCAAAGAACAAGGACCUGACCUACUGGAAAAUCUUGUGGACGAUGGCGAAGUUUGCCUUCACAGAACCCAUUCUCAUACAGGCAUGUUUGACUAACAUAGCCAGCAGCGCAUCUUUCAGCAACUUUUGGGUUACUCUCACUUUUCUGCUUGGUGGACCACCUUACAAUUAUACAACCUUGGUUAUCGGAUUAUUCGGUCUUGUGGGGAUGUUUGGUGUAGCGAUGGGGCCGUUAGUCGGUCGGACUAUUGAUACACUCAUUCCCUGGUAUGCAUCGCUUAUUGCGAUCAUUGGCAUGGCGUUAUUCCAAGCAAUACAAGUCGGGGCGGGGGGCAUCAAUAUUGCAGCCGUCAUCAUUGCGACCUUUGGGCUGGACGUAUUCAGGCAAAUGCUACAGGUUUCGUUGGUUACGUCGAUAUUCAGUAUUGCCCCCGAAGCCAGAGCACGCCUCAACGCUGUGUUCAUUAUGUCUCUCUUCACCGGGCAAGCCAUGGGAACCUCCGCAGGAUCGAAAGUGUUCAUCAAGUAUGGAUGGCGAGCUGGUGCGGGUUUGUCGUUGGGUUGGUCAGGAUGGCAACUAUUCAUGCUGCUGCUAAGAGGGCCUCAUUGCGAUCGUCGUGUUUGGUUUGGAUACCAGGGAGGUCUUGAGCCCCGGAAGAGCGUGGUCGAAGAACGAAGACGUCAAAAGGCUGAACGAAACGACGAUGGCGAUAGGACAGCGAGGAACUCUGCAGAGCCAGAAAAGCAACGACAGGAUAAUGACACCACUGUGUAAUACACCUUCAAUCAUUUGAUAGACAUGGACUAUAUUAGACUUUAAUGAUAUUGGAGCUAUCUG